AUGGCAUCUGGGACUUUUCACCUCUCGGGGGUAGCAUUCAUCACGGGGGCUGCCGGUAUCGGCGCCGCUACCGCCCUCGCCUUCGUACGGAGUGGCUGCACCCGUCUGGCACUCACCGAUAUUCAACCUCUGACCUUCACCAAAGACGCUAUCCUCUCGAUUAACCCAUUUGCCGAAGUUCUAACUGUACAAGGCGAUGUAUCCAGCGCCUCAUUCAUCAAUUCCUUCGUAUCUGAAAUCAAGGCCAGAUUCUCACGCAUCGAUUACGUUGUUACAUGUGCUGGCGUACUUAGUCUACUGCUUCGUUCCCACGAGACACCUAUUGAAGAAUUCGACCGCGUGGCUGGCGUAAAUUGGAAAGGAUCAUGGUUGGCGUCGCGAGCAGCACCCAAGUGUAUGCUAGAGCUCGGUCAGGAACCGCUGGAUGCGCAUCCUGGGCAAAAGGGUGCGGUGGUAAAUGUUGCGAGUCGGGUCGGCCAGGUAGCUAUGCCGACUGCGUCGCCGUAUUGUGCUUCAAAAGCUGCUAUUAUCAAUAUGACGCGGGCUGAUGCUAUUGACCAUGUGCAAGACGGGAUCAGAAUCAAUUGCGUAUGCCCGGGUAUAAUCAGAACGCAGUUCAUGACGGCAACGUCAGAAUUGGAGGAGAACACAAACUAG